AUGUCUGUUGCCGACCUACUGCCAAUGUCCUUCCAGCAAGCGCAAGGGGGAGCUCUUAUUCUCGCAAUAGGCGCGUUUUGUUGGGCGUAUCUACGAACUCGGCGCUCAAAUCUUCCAUAUCCUCCUGGGCCUCCACCAAAGAACAUCAUAGCAGGGAACCUGACCGACCUUCCUCCAAAAAGGGCAUGGGAGACCUACUCGAAAUGGGCAGAACAAUACAAUAGUGAUAUAAUUCACUUCCGGGUAUUUGGACAACAUAUGGUUAUCUUGCAAACCCUUGACCUCUCUCGAGAACUACUGGAAAAAAGGUCUACCGUGUAUUCGGAUAGACCAUACAACGCUAUGAUCGAUCUCAUGGAGUGGGAUAUUGCGGUGGGAUUCAAGCCCUACGGUCCCGAAUGGAGGCAUCACAGAAAGCUGUUUCAGCAAGGUUUCAGGACAGGUACAACAACCCUCCGGUACAGGGCCAUCCAGACCGAUAAAGUGAACGACUUUCUUCGUGCUCUCCUCGACAAUCCUAACAAAUUCAGACAACACUGCAAAGCGCUGUCGGCUGCCGUCAUCAUGCGCGUGAUAUAUGGAUACGACUCCGCCCCUGAGGAAGACUAUUUCGUCGAACUUUCGGAAGCAGCGAUGGUGAAAAUGUGUGAUUCGUGGGUCGCGCCCGGGGCUAUGGUGGUGAACACUAUCCCUAUCCUUAGACACCUUCCCAGCUGGUUCCCCGGAGCCGCUUUCAAGAAAUAUGCUAUUGAAGGUCAAGAAUUGACGAGAAAGAUCAGAGAUGUCCCAUUUGCGUUUGUUACGAAAAGCCUGGCCGAAGGAACAGCCAAACAUUCAGUGGUUUCUGAGAUGAUUGCAAACAACGAAGAGCAUGAAACCAUUAAAGAAGUUGCUGCAACCGGAUACGGAGCUGGAGCCGAUACGACUAUGGCCACCCUAGCGUGGUUCUUUUAUGCUAUGAUACUUCAUCCUGAGGUUCAAAGGAAGGCCCACGAAGAGCUUGAUAGGGUCAUUGGAAAUAAGCGGCUUCCGACUUAUGAUGACCGCGAUUCUUUGCCAUACAUAGAAGCCGUGGUCAGAGAAGUUCUUCGUUGGAGGCCGAUAGUUCCUUUAGGUUUACCUCAUGCCACCUCUUUUGAUGAUAUCUAUAAUGGCCACUUCAUCCCCAAGGGCACCAUUGUAAUGGCUAACCUUUGGGCCAUUGCUUAUGAUAAGAAUAUCUAUGAAAAGCCAGAGAUUUUUAAUCCGGACCGUUACUUUAACAAGGAUGGCACAUUAACUACGGAAGGUAUCCAUUCAGAAGUAUGGUCUUUCGGAUUUGGUAGACGCAUUUGCCCCGGUCGUCAGUUGGCACUUGACACGAUCUGGCUGGCAGUAGCCACUGUUCUAUCUACUUUUGAUAUUCUAAAAAAGAAAGACGCCAACGGGAACGUUAUUCCUGUUGAUGAAGAUAUUGAAGUCGCUGAUGGACUUGUCAGCCAUGCUGCAGACUUCCAAUGUGCAGUAACACCUAGAUCAAAUGUGGCCAGACAAGUCAUCGUUGAAUCUGUUGCGAAAGAAUAG